UGCAGCCUAGUCGACCAAGCAGCGCGGCAGUUGCACCAGCCCCGGACGAUGGCGGAAUGCCUUGCGGUAGCUCGCUUACUCAAAAUUCUCGGCGAAAACUGCCAGCCACUCGCGAAGUAUAUGGAGAAACUAGCGCGACGCGUGACAAUUCUCCCUUAACCGAGGCCUCCGAGCGUUUGGCUUCAAGAGAGGAGGAACAGUGCCGCAACUCUCCAACGCCAGCUGCCUCGGUGGAGCAGUUUCGGACACGUAUCGAGAGCUUUAGAUUCAACUCACCCUCCAAGACACCCAGCCUCAAGAAGCGGCGACACACAGGAUGCGACUUCGAGGACGAAGGUCCAGAGCGAUCCUCCGGCGAAGAUGACCGGUUGCCUACCUUGCCUGCUAUUCAGAGGUCGCCCCGGAAGAAGCCAAAGAAGAAGCCGAGCCGACCGUACGCUCCGCCAGAAAAGUAUGAACAUUUGCAUAUGCUGCCAGACUACUUGGAGCAGGGACUUGAUGUUGUCUUCUGUGGUAUCAACCCCGGAUAUACCUCUGCGGAGAAUGGCCAUCAUUAUGCACAUUCGACUAAUCACUUUUGGUUGGGUCUUUACGAAUCUGGAUUAACAGAUGUCCUGCUGUCACCUGAUGAGGAUUAUACACUGCCUGACAAGUACAACUUUGGCUUAACCAAUCUGGUCUACAGACCGACGGCCGAGCAAUCAGAGCUCGCGGCAGACGAGAUGCGCCAAGGUGUACCUGCGCUGAUGAACAAGUUCGCAAAGUACCGCCCGCGGAUCGUCUGUUUCCUCUCGAAAGGAAUAUGGGAAGUCUUCUUGCGCGAGGCAUACCGCCUUGCUUCGCUAUCUUCAAAAGAGACUUUGCCCUCUCUGAGCCCCUCGAGCCAGAGUCCGCCGUCCAGUCAGUCAACGUCGUCGAGACGUGCCUCGCCUCUCAAGUCCAAGUUCUUCGACGGUACGACCCACUCUCGGGACGACGGCUCACCAGAGGCGAUAGACGCUUCACCUACACCGCGAAAGCGAAGCAAGACCAAGGUGCCGAAACACUCGUUCAACUGGGGCAUGCAGCCGUUCAAAGUCAUGCACCGCCAACUUGGAUCAUUUUCGUCGUCUAUAGACCAGACCUGGUUUUUCGUCGUCCCGAGCCCGUCUGCUCGUGUUGUCGCCUACCAGUGGUGGGACAAGGUCGAGUUUUUCAAGAAGCUGCGCGAAUUCACUAGCGAAGUGAAAAAUGGCCGAGUCGAUGCCUCUGAGCAUCACGUCUUACCGCUCACUACAACUAAAUCAAUAUAUUUUAUGAAUAUGUGAGGUAAUUCGUAAUGGCUUUUGGGGCACUCGGAGUGAGCUUUACACCCCGAUGUCAGCACAGCAUGCGGCGUCCCAUAUUCCUCUCAGUUUGCGUACGUUGUCACUUCAGAGCUGUCCCCAAACGUGUAGUUCCUUUUUUCUUCUUUGAAGCUAAGAUGACCGAAGCCCGCCAGACUCGUUGUUGUACAAUGGUCAUACAUCUAAGUCAUAACGAACGCUACGAGAAAGAAUGUCGUCAAACCUUGAGACAAGCCCGCACCUGCGGGCAGGAGCAAUAAAUGACGAAUAAGGAGCGCAUAUAGGUAGGCAGGUUUCAGAUGAGAGCGCUUCGCGAGGCCUGCGACUCCGAAUCGAACGAGGCAUCGACGACGCGCCCAGGGAUCUCAACGUC